AUGGCUGCUGUUGAUCGACAACCGACGCAUCUUCUUCAUCUCCUCCGCAAUUGUCGCCUUCUUCUCCUUGUACCCCGCCGUCUGCUUCCAGCCGAUACCGUGUUUUGCGACCUUCGGCCCGGAUCCCGCGUCCUCUGGCUCCAUAGCUUGGCCCAACCCCUUCGAUUUGGAUUUAGGUUUAUCCUGCUCCUGUCAUCUCUUUCAGAAUCCCUCUUCCUCUCCUCCCUUCUUGUACUCGAUUUUUCACGGCUUUCAUCAUCAUUUUCUCUCUGUCUUUCCCUUCCACGCCUGGACCCUAAUGUUCGGACUUCCGCCAUGAACCCUAAUGUUCAGACUUCUGCAAGUGGGAUGGAGAAGGAACGAAAAGUAAUUCUGGGAAGGAAGGAGCGGAUCUAG